CUGAAGAAUCUCAUUCUGGGACGCGCCCAGAGGACAUCUGCUUUAACCUUCAACAUUUAAAUAUUAUCAUAAAAAAAGUGUUGAGUUUAUCACUACUACAUUAUUUAUAUUUCUCGUUUAUUUGCUUGAUCCUUUAUUUAAUAUAUAUUUAAACCUGUACAUUAAGAAGGAUAAAUCAAUUGAUCACUACUGUAAUUGAUCACUGGAAAAUUCCGCACGGCUGGGAGGAUUUUGCCCAUUUUUUUCCGAUCACACAGAAACUGAAGAAACGGAUUUGUGUUUGAUUCUCGAGAAUGAACAAAACCCCUACAGAAAUGCAUCACUUCAAUGCACCAGACAUGGACAGUAGCAGCUCCAACAGCAAUGACUACUUUCCAACCAAAGUCCCUCUCAACGGUCUACAGUACAGCGACAUUGAUGCCGAAAGCCAGAACUUCCUUGCUGAUCAUCACCUUGGCAAGAAGAAAUUUGAAGAUGAAUAUAGUCCCGGCUCGGCGACGUUUGGAAUGUCAGUGUUUAAUCUGGGUAAUGCCAUCAUGGGAAGCGGGAUACUGGGGCUUGCUUAUGCCAUGGCCAACACUGGCAUCGCCCUGUUUGUGAUCUUGCUGGUAGCUGUUGCCAUCUUCUCAUUAUAUUCAGUCCACCUGCUGCUCAAAACAGCCAAUGAAGGAGGGUCUCUGGUCUAUGAACAGCUGGGGUAUAAAGCUUUCGGGAUGCCUGGCAAACUGGCGGCCUCUUGCUCCAUCACCAUGCAGAACUUUGGAGCUAUGGCGAGCUACCUCUACAUCGUGAAGUACGAACUGCCGAUCGUCAUCAAGGCCUUUCUGGGCGCAGCUGAUAGUUCAUGGUACACUAAUGGAGAUUAUCUGGUGCUGAUCGUCACCGCCGUCAUCAUUUUACCUCUCUCACUACUGAAAAACUUGGGUUACCUCGGGUACACGAGUGGCUUCUCUUUGUUGUGUAUGGUGUUCUUCGUCAUUGUGGUGAUAUACAAGAAGUUCCAGAUCCCGUGUCCUCUGCCUGAAGACUUCCUUAACAUCAGUGAACCAGUGAAUGCCUCGGAGUCUCAUCAUAACACCACAGAGGACACAAGCUGCAAACCGAAAUACUUUGUCUUCAACUCACAGACUGUGUAUGCCGUGCCAAUUCUGACCUUCGCGUUUGUCUGCCACCCGGCCAUUCUGCCUAUGUACGAGGAACUUAAAGAUCGUUCAAGAAAGAAGAUGCAGAAUGUGGCAAAUGUGUCAUUCAUGGGGAUGUUUGUUAUGUAUCUGCUGGCUGCUCUGUUUGGAUAUCUGACCUUCAACGAGGCUGUUGAGCCCGAGCUCUUGCACACUUAUUCCAGGGUGUACCAAGCCGACGUGGUGCUUCUGAUCGUGCGUUUGGCUGUUCUGAUUGCUGUCACCUUGACUGUGCCUGUUGUUCUUUUCCCUAUUCGAACCUCCGUCAACCAGCUUAUAGGCGCGUCGAAAGACUUCAGCUGGGCACGGCACAUCGCCAUUACAGUCGCCCUCCUCGUCUCCGUCAACAUACUGGUCAUCUUCGCCCCCACCAUCAGAGACAUUUUUGGAUUCAUUGGUGCGUCUGCUGCCGCUAUGCUGAUCUUCAUCCUGCCCUCUGCCUUCUACAUCAAACUGGUGAAGAAAGAGUCUAUGAAGUCUGUCCAGAAGAUCGGGGCGACUUUGUUUCUGAUCAUGGGCAUCCUCGUGAUGAUCGGCAGCAUGACUUUAAUAAUCCUGGACUGGAUCCACAACGCCGGAGCUUCAGAGAACAAUGGCGAUGGACACUAGUGGGCGUGUCCACCGUGAUGGACAGGCAGAUGGGGCGGAGACACACCGCAAAAACUGCGAUUUAAAAACUAGAGAAGCUGCUCCUUUUAUCAGCGUGGAGCAAAAACAAACAUACCAUUCUGAAAGAAUGUUCUGAACUCUGUACAGUAUCCUGUUAGACCACACAGAUGGUAAUCCCCUUUAUUGUCGUGCUUUAUUCUUUGAUUUUGUUUUCUUUGCGUGUUGUAGUUUUGAUACUGUUGGAUUCUGGUGGUACGUCACACAAGAGUGUGAAACAUUUGCCACAUUCAGGUUGAGCAUUUCGUACUCUCGACCAAACCGUAUUAAUCUCAUGAUCGUCAUUGAACAUCCGUCUGUACUGCAACAUAUAUAUCGAUGUUUGUAUGUGGAAGAGCACUUAACCUUCGGCGAUUGUGAAGAUGUCCUUUUGCACAUUUUCAGUGUGCUUUGAGAACGUUUCUUACGUUAAUAAUGUCUGACGCGAGUCACCUGCUGUUUAAGUCUACCACUGAAAAAAUAUUCAUCCGUAGUUGUUUGUUGCAGAGCAACUGCACCUUUUUACUGUAAACUUAUUUAAAAUCCGAGCAAUUGGUACUUUUAGGUCGAAAUUAAAUCCAGCCCUGUUUAUUAUUUUAUUCACUUGCCAGGUUUCAUCGGUGAACCAUAUGCAAAAGAGAAAAACCUUUGAAUGUCUCUGUAGUCCAAAUAUAUUCAAAAUGCAACUUCACAUGUAAAACAACUUCGCAUUUGAGCUAAGCUGCAUGGACUGUAUGUUUCAAGUUCAUCUUUAGACAAAUAAUGUCAUUUUCAGCUGCAGUCUUUAAAAAUGAAUUUUCACAUUACACAGGCGAUUCGUGUUGGACUUACAUACGGGGAUGAACAAUUUCAGUGGUUUAUUUGACUAACCAUUUCAGUGUUUGCCAUCGGCAGCUUAGACUUACACCCUAAAUGAAAGAGAGGACGUUGUGUUUUCACUGGUCACACCUCACUGUGCUUCCAAAACCUCAAGUGUCAUCCAACCUGUUACUCUCCAUCAUUUAUUUAUGAUAAUACACCAAUGUUAUGUAAUUUAAUCUAUUUUACUAUAUUUAUAAAUUGUACAUAUGUGUAUAUAGCACAAAUUGAAGUGUAUAUUUGCUGUUGCUCAUUGUUUUUUCAAUUUUGCUCAAUAUGUUUGAAAUAUGAAUUUGCUUUAAAACUCUAGUGUUCUCAAAUAUCACUCAGUGUGUCGGGCCAAAGGAAAGGGUCCCCUAUAUCUGAUCGGUCCGUUCUCAACAGGGUGUAAAUUUGAGAGGUUUCUCUUGGCUUGUUUUAGCUCUUGGAUCGGACCCGAAACACACACACCUUUAACACUACUACUUAAAUACUGUACUAGGACCUGCGAGGGGUGAAACACUCCUCAUGUACAAGAGGCCAUUCCUGCAAAUGCUACGCUCUUGUUUCAAUGAAACACUGUAUAUCAUGUAAUUAAUGUCAAAUAAAGGUCCACCAUAACCCA